AUGGCUAUCGCAGGCUAUUCUGAGCUUUCUGUCAGUGUUCUGCCACGCUCUGGCUGGAUGAACAACUCUUCCUCGACAACAUCUGUCAAGGCACUUCCAAUCGGAAAAUUCUACCACAACAGAGGGUCUUCUAAAAUCGCAAAGAUUGACUGGCACCCGUGGGCUCGGGGUGGGAGCAGCUUACUGGUGCUCACAGAAGACGGCGUCCUUAGGGAGUACGAUGUGUCAGUCGACCAUGAAGAGCCAGCACAACAGCUCUCUUUCCUCCCGAAUGCAUCUGCACUUUUAGGUUCAUCUCGAGGGACGCAUGCUUCCGCUUCAAAGCGGUUAUCAACACGGUCGCCGCCUAUCGAUGCUGGAAGGACAGCAUCAACGCCUGACAGGUCUCGACGACAGGAAACCCCUGGCUUCUUGGCAAACCGCGUCGCAAAGUUGGGUUUGCGCGACGAGCCCGAAGCACAAAUUGCGGUCAGCUUUGCGUUUGGCGCUGGUGUCUUCGAACCACCACCCGAUGGUUCAUCGGCUGCGCAUGGGACCGAAGGGCCAAUGAUGCUGCACGACAGCCACGUUGGCGCUGCCUGGGGAGGGUGGGCACCGCUCGAAAUCCACGCAGUGAUGCAGAACGGUGACAUCUGGACAGUGUGCCCAUUCCUGCCGAGUCAAGCCAUGGUGCCACCAUCAUACAUAAGCCAUCUCGCAUCUUACGUUGACCUCCAAGCAGACACAGCCUCGGAAGACCGAAGUCGCGACGUCGACCUUGCGUUGAGGUAUGUUCGCAGCCUAGCACGGCAAGCUAGUGCCGCGCAAUCAGAGGCCAAUGCUACGACAAUGACACCAGCGCAGACGCCUGCAAGCAGUCGACAGCGCUCGCUGCUUCCACCCGAUGCAGGGAGAAGCGCCAGCUUCAUGAGCAUAGACACGCCGGCGCCGGGCGAAGACAGUUUGGGCGAAACAUUAGUCACGGCUGUUGCUGCCCAGAUUGAUACUCCGGUGCUCAUUACUCCUCCGCACCUCCCACUCUCGCCCGUCCCCAAACCAAUUGGCCCACAUUUGCUUCAGCCUGCGCCCCAUGAGCUCUCCGACGAGCGAGAACCACUGGCAAGUGACCUGGCUAUCACACGCCUCACUGACGACGACGGUCACAGCAUUGACGUCGUGUGCGUGGCCUUGGACGAUGGCCGCGUUGACGUAUGCCUCACAACAGGCAGGGCUGCAUCAUGGCAGCCUACAGCCUUUGGGACAUCUGACUCCGGUCUUUUUGCGUCGGGCCGAGUAAGCAGGAAAAGUUGGCCACGUCGUUCAGGAUGCUUUAAAUUGUCAGACUCGGAAGAAUCUGAAGACAGCGAGGACCCAGAUACCCGAGCGAUGGACACUGCUGAGCUCAAUAGCGCAGACAAGGAUGUGCUUCCAACAUUGCUUGUCUAUGAGUCCAUUGAUUUGACUCUCCCUCCAGCCGGGACAGGCCAAAUUCCCUCAGCACCAGCUCUUGUUGUCGAUCCAAUCUACCCUGAUACAGUCUACGCUUAUUCGGCAGCGGGCGUUCACGCCAUAUCUUUCCGACCCUGGGCUGCUAAACUCGCUGCUCUUACUGCAAAAUUGGCGCAAAAUGAGGUUGGAGCCGAUGAAGAGCUUGGCCGCUUCAUGCGCCGCCGAAUUCGUAGCGAGCUGGUGCAAGUCAUCAAGUCUGAGGACGAUGCUGGUGCGAAAGUCGUCAACGCGCAGGCCAUCAUCGGGGUUUCGAUCUUGUCCGACGUAUACCUCUCCUACGCACUGCUGGCUGUCACUGCCGAUCUCCAGCCUGUUGGCAUCGAGCUGGACUUUCGCGUCGAGACCAACGCUUCGCUACUUAAAGCAGAUGAGAACACUGGACUCGACACUGAGCGCGGACAAGACGGGAAAAAGGCGUACAUUUCCUUACUAGAGGAAGGAGGAGCAUUUAUAGUUCCGGAGCCUUUUGCGUCCUACGGGGGGCUUCCUUCACAGCCCAAAAUCACGGGGCAACAUCGGUUUGGUAAAAGCGAGGUGGUGGUCACACCGGACUCGCUGCGUUUUCUCGGAAAUGUGUCUGAGUCGCUGCGUGGGAACAUUAGGGACAUCAUCCAGGGUGGAAAUGCCGUGCAGGCACGACUAGAGUUGCAGCAGAAGGAGCUGGCGAGGCAGCUCGGCAAGCUUUCCGAUGUUCAGAGCAAAAACGAAGCUCUAAAUCAGAACGAAGCUCGCAUCUCGCGCCGCUUUGACGAUGUGGAAGCCACGCAAGCCAAGCUGAACAAGUGUAUCGACACGCUACUGCAGCGCUUGAUCGUGCUCCACCAGCCAGAGAUCAGCAUCUACGAGCGCAAAUGGUUUGACGAGCUGGAUCGGCUCGCGGCAGACUUUGGCGUGUCGCUGCCUGGUGGGACGGCUCAGGGGGAAAAGCUGACAAGCUCUGUUUCGCCGACACCUGCGAUCACACGCAAGAUCGAAGCCCUCCGCUCCCAGCUCGAGCUCAUCCGCCCCGGAUUGUGGGAGCUGAAAGAAGCGCAGCAAGCGAGGGAAGAGACGAAGAAUACUCUUGGUACGGCACAGAUGAGCAAGAUCAGCAGGGCACUCGCGAAGCAGUCGUCCAUACUUUUGGAAGCCAAAUCGAAAGCUCAGGAUAUGCUCACGAAGAUAGGCCACGCACAUGCAGCGUCAUCUUUGUAG